AUGAUUGCGGAGAAGCCCAGUUGGAUUAAGCACGAAGGACUGCAGAUAUUCUCCAUUGAUGUUCAGCCCGGUGGGCUCCGGCUCGCCACUGGCGGCGGCGAUCACAAGGUGCGAAUAUGGAACAUGAAAUCUCUUGGCCGGGAUAUGGAAAUUGAGGACUCAACUCAGAGGCUACUUGCAACCCUCCGUGAUCACUUUGGUUCUGUUAACUGUGUUAGGUGGGCAAAACACAGUCGUUAUGUUGCAACAGGAUCUGAUGAUCAAGUGAUUUUAAUUCAUGAGAGGAAGCCUGGUUCUGGAACUACUGAGUUUGGCAGUGGAGAACCCCCUGAUGUUGAGAAUUGGAAAGUUAUAAUGACUUUGAGAGGGCAUACUGCAGAUGUGGUGGAUCUUAAUUGGUCUCCAGAUGACUCGAUGUUGGCCAGUGGAAGUUUAGAUAAUACCAUUCAUAUCUGGAAUAUGAGCAGUGGUAUUUGCACUGCUGUUCUUAGGGGUCACUCUAGCCUGGUUAAAGGAGUUACUUGGGAUCCCAUUGGCUCCUUCAUAGCAAGUCAAUCAGAUGAUAAGACUGUAAUUAUUUGGAAGACAAGCGACUGGAGUCUUGCUCACAGGACUGAUGGCCACUGGGCAAAAUCACUUGGAUCUACCUUUUUCAGGCGUCUUGGAUGGUCACCUUGUGGUCACUUCAUUACUACUACUCAUGGAUUCCAGAAACCAAGGCAUUCAGCACCUGUUCUUGAGAGAGGCGAAUGGUCUGCCACAUUUGACUUCCUAGGACAUAAUGCUCCUAUAAUCGUUGUGAAAUUUAACCAUUCAAUGUUUAUGAGGAAGUUUACCAAUGCUCAGGAAGGCAAAACUGCUUCUGCGGGGUGGACUAAUGGGGCUUCGAAGACAGGGGGGAAAGAACCACAACCUUAUAAUGUUAUUGCCAUUGGGAGCCAGGACCGGACAAUAACUGUAUGGACGACUGCAAGCCCACGUCCUCUAUUUGUAGCGAAGCAUUUCUUUACCCAAAGUGUUGUGGAUUUGUCCUGGAGCCCUGAUGGUUAUUCGCUCUUUGCAUGUUCUUUGGAUGGUUCGGUGGCUACUUUCCAUUUUGAGGUUAAAGAACUUGGUCACCGGUUAAGUGAUGGAGAACUAGAUGAGUUGAAGAGAAAUCGGUAUGGUGAUGUUAGAGGUCGGCAAGCAAACUUAGCUGAAAGCCCAGCACAGUUAUUGCUUGAAGCAGCUUCUGCUAAGCAAGCGGCAGGCAAAAAGGUCUCUCUGGAUGUUCAACAAAAUCAUACACUUGAAAAAACUUCUGCUCAUGUGGGGGUUGCAACAAAAGCUUCUGAGAGCCAUCUUGAUGAUAUGAAGAAGAGUGGAGGUGCUGCAGCUGAUAGUUUAAAUAAAGUUUCGAUGGCUACCCGAAUUUCCGGUCCUGUGAAGCAAAGAGAAUAUAGACGCCCUGAUGGUAGAAAAAGGAUUACACCAGAAGCAGUUGGAGUGCCUUCUCAGCAGGAAAAUAUCUCUUUGGGGACUCGGUCCCAAGCACUUGAAUUUCAUCCAAUGUCUUCUGAUCAAAGGAAGGAUGAUAAUGGUUUAGUUGUUGCUGAUAGUGGCAUUAGGGAAACUUCUUUCAGAGGAACACUUGGUCGAAUCACUGAUACGAAGGAGAGAUAUGGGGCCACUGCAAGAGCUAUGAUUACCGAAAGUCUGGUUAUUGAGAAGGUUGCUGCUUCUUCAAGCAGAGAUGAAAGCAUGAAUGUGGAACAAACGGGAAAUGUGAAGGCGUGUAACUCACUAGGCUCUACUAGUUCUAUUCUUUCAAUUAGAGUGUUUGAUAAGAAAGAGUGGGAAGAUACUGUGCCAAUUUGUUUGGAAGCUCGACCUUGGGAACAAGCUGCAAAUGAUGUGUUUGGCAUGGGAAAUACAUUUAUCACAAAAGAAACAGAAAUUACUUGCACAAGGGGGUUGCAAACUCUUUGGUCUGAUAGGAUAUCUGGGAAAGUCACUGUUUUAGCUGGAAAUGCGAACUUUUGGGCUGUUGGUUGUGAAGAUGGAUGCAUACAGGUUUACACAAAGUGUGGGAGACGUGCUAUGCCAACUAUGAUGGUAGGAUCUGCUGCAAUAUUUAUUGAUUGUGAUGAGUGCUGGAAGUUGUUUUUGGUCACAAGAAAAGGAUCUUUGUAUCUGUGGGAUCUAUUCACGCGAAACUGUCUCCUUAACGACUCCUUGGCAUCUCUAGUUACUCCAAACCAGAACACAUCUGCAAAAGAUGCAGGCACAAUCAAAGUCAUUUCAGCCAAACUAUCAAGAUCUGGAUCACCUAUUGUUGUUCUUGCCACUCGCCAUGCAUUCCUCUUCGACAUGGGCCUUAUGUGUUGGCUUAGGGUUGCAGAUGACUGCUUUCCAGGGUCAAAUUUUGCAAGCUCCUGGAAUUUAGCUUCAACUCAGAGUGGUGAGCUGGCUGCAUUGCAGGUUGAUGUUAGGAAAUAUUUGGCCAGAAAGCCAGUUUGGAGCAGGGUGACUGAUGAUGGAGUACAGACACGUGCCCAUUUGGAAGCUCAGUUGGCUUCUUCACUGGCUUUGAAGUCCCCUACCGAAUACCGCCAAUGUCUGCUAUCAUACAUACGGUUCCUUGCAAGAGAAGCAGAUGAGUCCCGCUUACGAGAAGUCUGUGAGAGUUUUCUUGGACCUCCGACCGGGAUGAUAGAAAAUACAACUUUACAUUCGCAGAACUUGGCAUGGGAUCCUUGUGUGCUUGGAAUGAAGAAGCACAAACUCUUACAAGAAGACAUCCUUCCAGCAAUGGCUUCAAAUAGGAAAGUCCAACGAUUGCUAAAUGAGUUCAUGGAUCUCAUUUCUGAAUAUGAAAAUGUUGAAACAAAUAUAGAGAGAAGAUCUCACAAUUCACCAACAGAAAAUGCACCAGCAGCUGAAUUAAUGGACUCUUCACCAACGGUGACAAAUCAAGUGAUCUCGGUACCUGCAGUAACAGAUCAAAUGAAGUCUGUUCACGCUUUAACUGGCCUAGUGGACUCCUCCCAGGUAGCAGUAAAUCUAGUAAAUUCUGCUCCACUAGCAAAGGAGAAAAUUGUUUCAGAUCAACCAACCACCAGUGUACAAUCAAGUUAGUCUUUCCCCACAAGAUGCAGGUUCUUGAUUUUUGUGUCUUAUACAUUCAAAGAAAAUGUCAGAUAUAGGGCUUGCUAACAUUAGUUUAACAGCAGUUCUUUUGAAGAAUGACAUGAGUAUAUCUUUCAUCCGUUUGACCAAUGACAGAUUUGAGUUAUGCUCAGAUGCUGCAAUUGGUUAUGUGACAUAGAAUGGCAGCUUAAAAAUAUGCCGUUCAGAUUAUGAGUCUCUUUGCACCUGUAGUCUGUGUAAAGAUUGUUGGAUGUUCUUUUUUGUACAGCAUAAUCUUUCCUAUAAGAUAGCUAGCUACAGUUCAGAUUUCAAACCGAUCCCUGUACAAUGUUUAAGUUGUGGCGUUUUCUUCUACAAUCCAAUGUUCAGAAUCAGCAACAAUUGGCUACAUUAAGGGCAUUAUUAAAGGUUGUA